UCCUAGUGUUUGCCUGCUACUGUGGAAAAACUCACAUAAGAUAUCUUCAUUAUAAUAGAAAUAUGUUUCAGAGCACAGCCUAUACCACAGCAGCCUGUACCCUACCCAGGAACACAAAAACGCCUCCGAGCCAUGGCUGUCUGGGCAGCACCAGCAAGGCACAGCCCUGAGCAGGAGCCUCCUGAGGCAAGGGGAGGCCCCUGCACACAGGGCCCAGUGCAGGGUGGGAGCAAACACAUGAAUCGUAGCUGCGGGCAGGAAGAAUAUCAGGUGCAUCUCUACGCCCCGAGGGCUCAACUCCUACACUUAAAUCCCUCCCACUGGAACAGCCGGCUCCAGUUUCACCGAGCAGGCGUGAGAACAGGUACAGCUUCUCAGCACCAGCAGCCACAGCCACUGGCACCUGGACGGCCACAGCCCAGCACUGCCUGCCUCUGCUCCCGCCACCUGAUGCAGGAGACUCUCCUCACCAAACCUUCAGCACAUGCAGCUGAUGCUAAACAGUGCUUAGAAAAACUGGGAUUCGCCUCUUUAAAAACACCACCAAGACUGAGUUGAACAGGCGUUAACAGUGAUCAUACCACGUGGAAAACCAGAGUCCAAAAUACAAAGUGGUAAAAUGAGUCUUCUCAAAGAACGAAAGCCAAAAAAGCCACAUUACAUCCCACGGCCUCCAGGAAAGCCCUUCAAGUACAAAUGUUUCCAAUGUCCCUUUACAUGCAACGAGAAGUCCCACCUCUUCAACCACAUGAAGUACGGUCUCUGCAAAAACUCCAUCACACUGGUGUCAGAGCAAGACCGAGUUCCCAAGUGCCCUAAAUCUAGCUCAACCGACCCUAAACAAAACAGCCAGCCAGGCCCCACAGCUCAGCCGGCCUCCAGGGCUGGUGCAAAUGGACGCUCCAACUUUGACUCAAAGCCUCAACAUGGCAUGGCCAAGGAAGACGUCAAGGAGAACCUGGAGCUGCAGGCUCGGGGGGCCCACAAGGGCCCAGGACAGAAACCCACGCUCCACAAGGAAAUGGCACCCACAAGUCCAGCUCCAGAAGCCACCCUCAGCACCCAGCCUGCUCCAGAAGGCGUGGUUCGCCCAUCGGCAUUUGUCCCGGUCGGAGAGCACAGACUUAAGGGGCCAGAAAGCGCAGAGGCAACUGAGCUGCUGGCACUGACCAACUCCACUGCCAAGGCCACCUCCUUUCACACUGAAUCUGCAUUCCAUCCUCCUGGCUACCCCUGGAAAGCCGGCUCCCCUUUCCUCCCUCCAGAGUUUCCACCUAAAAUCUCAUCAACAAAGGGGUUUGGGGCCCUUUCCCCUUAUGUGCACCCCACAAUCCCAGAGUAUCCACCUCACUUUUACACUGAGCACGGGCUGGCCACCAUCUACUCACCCUACCUGCUGGCCACUAGUUCACCCGAGUGUGACGCACCCCUGCUGUCGCUCUACAGCACCCAGGACCAAAGACACUUCCUGCCUGCCCCAGGCCCACCACCCAAGCACCUGAACCCACCUCUGUCCACCUAUGACCACUACAGAUUUCUCCAGCAAUAUCACUCCAGCCUGCCGAUUCCUUAUGGACUGUACAGGCCAGAGUCUGCUUUCUCCUCCUAUGGUCUCAGACUCCCACCCACCACUGGCCUCACCCGAGACCAAAGCUCCCACUCACUUGAUGAAGCCCCCCCGGUCUACCUAGCCUCGAGUCCUUCCAAGUUAAACCCUUUGAACACCCACAAAAAACACACAGAACUUGAAAAAGAAAGUCUAAUCUCCGAGGCAAAAGACCCUCCCAAAGCUGGGCAGAAGGACACAGAGGGGGCCAAGAUGAGCCCCCGUGAGGGCAGUGCAGCCACAGGCUCCCCAGGCAGGCCGAGUCCCACCAACUUCACACAAACACACCAGGUGUGCGAGGGCCUGUGUGACCUCUCCAACAGGGCAGCCCCAAACACCCUGGAGAGACUCUACCAGCCCGAAGAAAGCCUCACUGCCUUCAAGCCUGUCAAGAAGAGCACAGAAGGCCCACAUUGUGCCCAGGCUCCCAUAAGAAGAGCCGGGUCUCCAAAAAGCCUCUGCGCUGCAGACGGAGACACUCUCAAGCAAACAGGUAGUGCCUUUCUCCUCGCCGAGGUCGCACCUUCCAGUCCAGAGGACAGCUCCAGGAUGGGCCCCCUUAACCUCUCCAAGAAGCCAGAGACAAAACUGACAGCUGCUAAGGGACAAGUGUACCAAGACAGCUCCCCAGCAGUACCCACAGGCUUCCCAGAGCUGCAGGACCUGCCUCUCAACCUGUCAGUGAGGGACCCCUGCAACGCCCCAGCCACAAGACCUGCUGUCCCUACACAACCACCAGGUGCAGACCUGGCUGCUGCUGCUCAAGAAACCGAAACGGAAAUUUCUGGAGAUGGAAGCCACACUGAGACAAAGCAAGGCAGUCUGGGUGCUAACGAGGCCCCAUCAACCAGCUCCACGCGCCAGGCCCCGGAUGCACCCGCAGCAGACAGCAUCGAGGAGCAGAAGCAAACAGCAGCUGUGGCCCUAUGCCAGCUAGCAGCCUACAGCCCAGGGAAUGGCCAGGUGGGCGAUGGGGAGCCCACAGGCCAGGAGGCUGCCAGCCUGCAAUACGCACCCACUCUCAGCUCCACGGAAGGCCAGGCGGCUCUGUGUGACCUCAGACCCAAAGGACAAAAGAGGACAAGUCAGAGGGACACAGGAAGAUCCCAGCAAGGACCUAAGAAAGCGAAGCCGAGUGACACUGCACGAGUGCUCACGCUGCGAAAGAGAGCCCGGCUGUCCUGAGCACUGCCCCCACUGCCCGUCCCAGCAACUCCUUCGCUUUCGCUACCUGGCCAGUCUUCACACGUGCAGUUUCUUUUCCUCAAGAAACAAAAACAAGCUGCAAUUUGAUUUUUGUAAAUAUUAAGUAUGAAUGUUAAAAGGUGCUCCUACUUUUGUUUGUAAAAACAUAUGUGACUCAGAGUAUGUGACUGAAAAAUCAAACUUUGGCUUUCAUUUUUGUAAAAUGUCAAAUGAAAUGUAUAGAACCAGAGGUGACUUUGAGGGAGAGCCAUGUUAUGGGAUAGCCUCUGCAAAUGCCUUCUUAUAAAUAUGUCAGCACUACAACAAAUUGCUUUUUUUUUUUAUUAGAUCUAACUGUACAUUUUGACAUAAUAAUGAAAAAGAUCAAGAAAAACCACUUUCAGUACUAGCAUCACAGAUGCUGUAUGUAAAAAAAAAAACACGACCUGUUACGAUUAAAUAAUACACAAACACCAAGAGGCUAUUUAUACAAAUAAUUUAAUUCCAUUAGGGAAAAUGUCUUAAUGGUGAAGGUAUUCUCAAUUUUUUCUAUUUGUUUAUGUUACAAUGAAUUUUCUGACUUAUUAAGGCUUGUUUUCCAUUCCCUAAAAUGAUGUAUAUGUUUCUAAUUUUCCAACACUCGUGAACUUUAAGGACACAUAAAAAGACAAAAUAAACUGUUAUCAUUUUGUCAUAAUACUCAAUGAAAAAGUUUACAGCAGAAGCAGCUGUGUGUCACGUGAACGUCCAUAAAUGCGUGGGGGGGAGGGGUGUGUGUGUGCCUGGGUGUGAACAUGUGAGUGCAUGUGCAUGAAAGUGUGUGCGGGUGUGCAUGUGGGGAGGUGUGCGUGUAUGCACAUGUAUGUGCAUGUGGAGGUGUGUGUAUGUGCACACAUGUAGAUGUGUAUGUGUGUUGUGUGUGCAUGUCUGCAUGAGUGUGUUUGUAUGUGUGCAUACAGGUGUGCAUGUGGAGGUGCAUAUGUGCACUGUGAGUGUGCAUGCACACAUAUGUGCAUGUGUAUAAACUAAUGGCCAAAGAAAGGCAUGAGCAAGUCACCCCUGAGACUACUCAAAGGCCAGACGAGACUCAGCCUCAGUACAUUAGAGAACACGUUUUUAGAGCCUCAACCCCUAAAACCCUUCUCAUAAUAGCCCUUUCCCCCACCUUUGAGAGAGAGGUGGCCUCUUGCCCAACAUGUGCGAAAUCACACAUCAUUCCAGAAGCUGGCAGAGAAACCCCUCCCUAGGGCAGGUGCUUCUCCCUCCAUCACUUUCACCAGGACUGAGGCGGCCCUCAGGAUGAUGCCCAGAGGCGGAACACACAGUUAUCCAGAACUCAAGCCUGGGAAAGUUCAAAUGCCCAGCACAGCCAAAGCAAAAUCCCUGCCAUUUCCAACUACUUAUUUAUGAAGACAAGGCUUCUUAGUACUUUGAGCUAAAAAUAAAAAUAGUAUUGAUGUAGAAUCCUGUCUUAUUCUGGCUGAAAACAUGACUCAUCAAAAGAUAACUGGUUCUUGAAAUCCAUUUUAUUAAGAGCAAAAUUUUAAUAAAAUGUUAUGUUUUAGUCGACUUUGUACUAAUUUUUUAAACACAAUCUAGAAAAACUUAAAAGUUUAGCACCCUAGAAAGUGUAAACGUUAAAAGUUUCUAGUAAUACACCUUUUUUUGCUGCAGAUACAUGAUACGGAGAAUAGCAUAUUCUUAAACACAG